CCGAACCACUCCGACCUCCUUGGUCAGGUACGAGAGAGCCCCUCUGAACGGAGGGUCUCUGGCUGGAUGACACGAGAAUCAAAUCAGGCGCUGCAAGAGAAUCAUCACCGGCCAUGGUCGCCAGCUGCUGGCGGACGGGCUAUGAGGUCAGAAGGUAUGAACAGUUCCAGGCUGACUCCUGCAGUUUUGAGAUACGCUGCAGCAAGACUCACCGCACUUUCUUACACUACCAUUACCCCUUUCUCUUUUAUAUAUUCAUACCAUUCAGAUGUACUCAUCCUGGUAUUAUAUAGAUUCGUGGAUCGAACUCUCGUCCCAACCCUCCUCGUCUUCCCUGUCUUCUGCGGCAACGACCGACGACAUCAUCACCACCGGCCUGCGAGUUGACCGUGAGUCCGUGACGCAUCAUCGGAGUCGCCGACGGCGUCUGCAGCGCCUGGCGGCUGUGACGACCGCACAGGUGGACUAUUCGCCGCGGGAGCCGAGUUUGGCAAGUAGUAGCCAGGACGAAUAUGAUGAGAGUGAGAGCGAGUCGGAUCGGGUUCUCAGCAGCUCAAAUGAAGAUCUCAACGACCAGACCCUGGGUGACCCCUUUCUCGUUCACACAACUGCUAGAGCCGCUGCCCCGACAAUGUCGUCUGCUCUAGAUGCCGACUGUUCUAGUGACGAGGAGGACGACAACUCAACCGCCCUAGGGAUGCGUAUCAGCUCGUCCCCGUUCGUGCCUCAGCCUAAUGCCUUCUCACACCCACCGGCCAGCCAAGAUCCGUCCUGGACGCGGGCCACCGAGUCCCAUCAAUCGCAUCCGAGUUUCUUAUCCAGCUCCAGCCGCCGGACGGCUAUCCGACACCAUUCUAAUACCGGGAGUGUGCGUUCGAGCCGGCGGCAGCCGCGACAACAACAACAACAACAACACAGCCCCUACAACAUGAUAUCACCAUCACACCAUACCGACCAUGAUGCCGCACUGCGUGCUAGUCUCUCUACCCUGCUGUCCUGUGCAGCCGCAGCUCGUGGUCUGCCCAAGCAUGACUCUACACAGCAGCGGCGGCAGCAACAGCAGCAGGCUCCCAUGAUCGGCCCGCCGCGAGCACACCCGGCCUCAUUUCGCCUGGUUUCCGAGUCGGUUGUCAUGGGAGAGGAGGAGGAGGAGGAGGAAGGAGAAGAGGUCGUGAGCGAGCCAGGACCCUUCAUGAAUAAUAGCCCGCCAUCUAUCCGGCAUCUUCAUACACAGCCGGCGGGCCACGAGCACCCCGUCUCCCGUCGUCCACAUGCGUCCUCACCCGCACCCAAGGCCAAGCAUCGGUCCAGCGCGUCCAAGGACCGCUUUGUGGCACAUGCCGCGGCGCGGAAAAGCCGGCGCGCCAGCCUGACCGAGUCCGCGUCAAACGCCAGCCCAACCCUAAUGACGUGGGUCAUCAGCGCGGGCGUCGUGGUGCUCUUCUCGGCCAUCAGCUUCUCAGCCGGAUACAUAAUCGGCCGGGAGGUGGGCCGCGCAGAGGCUGCCCCGGGUAUGAUGGGAGUCCCGGGCCUUGGGGAUGGAGCCUCCGGAGCGCGCGCCUCGGCGAGCUGUGGGCGAGAAGCCGUCCAAGGCGGGCUGAAGCGCCUCCGCUGGGGGUCCGCUGCUGCGGCUGGUUCGAGCAUCAUCGCCUAGAUCAAUCGCUCUAUGUUAAUGACUUGAUAUGAUGAUACUUGACAUGAUUGAUUGACGUCGAUAAUGACUGGAUGGAGUUUGUGUAGAAACCUGGCUGGCCGGUCAAAAAUCUCAUUUGUUUUUUCUUCUUCUUUUUUUCAUCUCUUUUUGAUAAUUCUCCUUUCCUUUCUCCUCCUCUCUGCUGGAAACUGCCUCACACCCCUCCCUUUGUCUGAACCAUCUUCAAUCUCUCUCUUUAAUCUUGGUGGAUAUGACUGCAAUGCAAGUAUACCCCUAUCCUUGGCGUCUUGGUUAGUAUCUGGUUAUGCCUUGUAUUUAUGAAUAUUUAUAGCAAUUAAAUAUCCAAAAAACAA